AUGAUUUUCCAAGACAUUUGUACGACAUCAAUAAUUAUUUCAGGCCUGACUAUUGCUCUUUCAGGGGGUGUUCUAAGCUAUUUUCGUGGACUUUUCGGACAGAAGGAACUGCGAAUUUUAAUACUGGGAUUAGACGGAGCUGGAAAAACAACUAUUUUAUAUAGAUUGCAGGUGGGUGAAGUGGUAACAACGAUCCCCACUAUUGGUUUCAAUGUAGAGCAAGUUAUUUAUAAAAACCUCAAAUUCCAGGUUUGGGAUCUCGGCGGACAAACAUCGAUUCGUCCUUAUUGGAGGUGUUACUAUUCGAAUACGGAUGCAGUUAUUUAUGUUGUGGAUUCAGCUGAUAAAGAUAGGAUAGGCAUUUCGAAACAGGAACUUGUCUCUAUGCUUGAGGAGGAAGAGUUAAAGAAUGCCGUUUUAAUGGUUCUCGCCAACAAACAAGAUAUUACGGGUUGUCUUUCGGUAGCGGACGUUCACCGUGCGCUCGGUUUAGAUGCUCUGAGGACGAGGACUUUUCAAAUUUUCAAGACAUCAGCCGCCAAGGGAGAGGGUCUUGAUGAAGCUAUGGAAUGGUUUGUCCUUUAUUCUGAUAUCAUUUCUAUUCGAUCAUUCUCAUAA